CGGGGUUGUGGGUGUGUCGGUUCUUAAGAGUCCGGACGUGUGACCAGGGGCGCAGCAGCUCGGUAGGGCCUGUGGUCUUUCCCUCCUCCACCCUGGUCAUUUUCUCUGCUGCAGCACCCAGGGACCAGGAGCCAAGAUGAGCUGCUUCUCAUUUCUCAAGAUCCUGAUGAUCCUCUUUAAUCUGGCCAUCUUCCUGGGUGGAGGUGCCCUCCUCGGCUUGGGCAUCUGGGUAACAGUGGAUGGCGCGUCCUUCCUGAAGAUCUUCGGUUCGGUGUCCGCCUCAGCUAUGCAGUUCGUGAAUGUGGGCUACUUCCUCAUCGCCGCAGGCUGUGUCCUGAUGUCCCUCGGCUUCCUGGGCUGCUGCGGGGCUCAUAGGGAGAGCAAAUGUCUCCUCAUCACGUUCUUCAGCAUUCUCCUCAUCAUAUUCGUGGCCGAAAUCGCCGUGGCAGUGGUCGUCUUGGUCUACACCUCACUGGCUGAGAUUCUCCUGCAAAACCUCGUGGUGCCCAUGAUCAAGAAGGAGUACGGGGUGCAGAAGGACAUCACGCAAGCCUGGAACAGCACCAUGGAGGGGCUGCACUGCUGCGGUUUCAACAACUACACUGACUUCAAAGACUCCCCCUUCAACAAGGAGCACAAUUCCUUCCCAACAUACUGCUGCUCUUCCACCAACAACUCGUGCACGGAGAACAUGGCGGAGACCGCAAACGUAAAGGGCUGCUUCAAACAACUUCUUCUGGACAUUCAGAAAAAUGCUUCCGUGGUCGGUGGGGUGGCGGCAGGAAUUGGGGCAGUGGAGCUCGGUGCCAUGGUGGUGGCCCUGUACCUCUACUACAAGCUGGGCACUCCCUGACCCCCGGCUGGCCGGAAGGACCAGCGGCUGGGGCGGGGUGGGGAUGGGGCAGGGGAGGGGACACCGUCCACCUUGGAUUUUAAUGCACAAACGGAUAAAUCGACAGACCUGAUCUCUGAGCCUGGGCCUAGGGCAGGGCCCAGGGCCCACAGCCAAUGCUGAAUCUGGGGAGGGGGCUAGGGAGAGAGAAAUGUCUCCCCACAACUCCCGCCCCCCCUAAAACUCUCUCCCUGGGGAGCUGGGGGGACAACCUCCACCUCCAGCUGUUCACUGCAGGGUAGUGAGAGGGUUGGCAGCUUGGGCCCUCUCUCUACCUCCCUAGGUUCUGAGCCUUGGAAGGGGGGAUGCGCCCCAAGGGCUAUGAUGAUGGCUUCUCAUCCGGAGACUGAACGGCCCUGGGGGUGAGGGGCUGGUGGAGGGUGGGGGCUGGUUCCCCUGAGGCCCUGCACCCCUACUGUGAUCGGGGGGUGGGAGGGCAAGUUGGGUGUGGGGAAGGGCAGAUUUUGAAAUAAAGACCUU